AUGGACGAGGUGCUGGGGAGCAAGGGCCACCCUCGCGAGCCUCUGCGCUCCCGGCGAGGUUCCCGGAAACUCCUCGAUUUCCCUGUCGCCGCCGCGUUUGCAAGAAACCGAAACCCAGGCCCCGCCCCCCGCGCCAGCCGGGAGCUGGCAACUGGGGCCUGCGCCCGGGGCUGGGUCAGAACUGGGCGACCGGAGCGGCCCCUCCCGGACCGACGGAGCCGAGGCGGAGAUCACACAGCCUGUAGCUGCGAAGCUGGCUGCAAACCUGUGGCCCGCAGCGGGAGGCUGGGCGAAGAAGGAGGAAGUGCCCGGGCCGGCUGCCGGCAGGAGGCGGGGCCCAGCUUGGGCUGGGGGAAUCCCGCUAAGUGUUUAGAUUCUCCGCGGCGCCGCGGUUCAGGCAGAGCGCGCCACUCCUUCGUCGAGACAGGACGCGCACGCAAUUCGGGCGAGCAGAGGCCAGCGAGAGCCGUGCCAAGUCAAGGCCAGCCGUGCCCAGCGGCUCCGCGACCUGGGCAUCCUCUGCCUUCUCCCCGUUCCCACUGGAAUCGCGCUCCUAGCGCUCGCAAAAGCAGCCCUCGCCGGGACCCUCGGUUGCUGCCGUCGGAUAGUGUUUGCUGUCGAGGUGAGCCCGCCUUCGCCGCAGGGGGCAACGGUGGCACCGGACGAAGGCGCGCUCGGGGCACCAGGAAGUUGGGGACGAAAACCCUUGCCGGGAGAGUGACGGGCCCCCGCGCGGGCUCGGGAGGGCGUUGGAGGAGCCGCAAGCAGCUGUGCGGGGAGGGCGGGCAGCGGCGUGGACCGCCCACCCCGCCGAGGUUGUCCGUGCCUGGCCUCUGUCGCAGACCUGUGUGCGCGAAGCCGCUGGCGGCCUCUGGGUGGCCCUGUGUGUUCGUUGCGCGCAUCCGAGGGCUGUGCUGGGGGUUCGAGUGUAUAUUAGCGUGUGGACGCCCUUUGCUCCCGCGCCGGCUUUUCGGCGGUUCCAGCUCAGGCUCAGGCCCCAGGUUUCAGGCUGUGUCUGCAGGUGGCGGGGGCUGGGGCUGGCUGCGCUGGGUGGUUGGAGGACCUCCCGGAGCCGCGGGAAGAGGCGCCACAGGUGUUCUUUGGGCCACUUCACCCAAGGAGGGCAACCAGGUCGAAAGGGUUAGCGUGCGGGCCUUGGCACUGUGGCUGUCAGGGAGGCAUAGGAUAGAUUGGGGGGUGGUGGUGACCAGGAUGCAGGGUGACUGUCCAUUAGGGAAGGUGCACGGCUAG